UUUCAAAUAGCGCAAGGUUUGACGUCCGCGAGAAAUGGAUAAGACCGGUGAUCUAAGGUCACCUUAUGACAAAGCAAAUAUUUUCUCCAAAAUGCUUUUUGCCUGGCUCAACCCUUUGUUCGCGCACUCACAUCCAAAACCAUUAACAAGUGACGAUGUUUAUGUGUGUCCUGAAAGUGAAAAGGCAGAUUGGAAUACUGAAAAGUUAGCAAGAGAGUGGGAUUUAGAGAACAAAAAGAAACACCCGAAACUGUUGUUGUCGGUGGUCAAAGCAUUUAAAAAAGAGUUAUUUAUUUCAGGUUUAUUUAUGAUAUUUAAACUAGCUUGUAAUAUUUCCAAAUCAAUAAUUCUGCGGCAAGUUUUGCUGGGGUUUAAUGAUAUCGAAGACCGUCAGAAUAUGAUCAGAGCUAUUGUCUUUAGCCUCGCAUUUAUUUUGAACACCAUUGUGACGAUUAUAGUUGUAAAUAUUAGCUACUGGAUUUCAUAUCGUCUAGGUACACGUGUGCGAAUCGCAGCGUGUGGUUUGAUUUUCAAAAAGGUACUUCGACUUAAUCAGAAAGCACUGGGAUGUUCAACAACUGGUCAGAUAAUCAAUUUGUUGUCUGUAGAUGCUCAAUGUUUCGAUAACACAUUUUUAUUCGUACACUAUUUAUGGAUUGGACCAGUUGAGACGCUCAUAACUCUUGGCUUAAUGAGCCAAAUAACUCUUGUCCCAAGUUUAAUUACGGUGGGAGUUAUCCUUAUGUUCAUUCCUAUUCAGUUUGCUUUUAAUCGGGCAUAUGGAAAGUCAAGAUUCAAAGCUGCUGACGUAACUGAUCAACGUAUUCGCAUUCUUUCAGACAUUAUAGCAGGUAUACGUGUUAUAAAAUUCCAUGUAUGGGAAAAUGUAUUUACGAAAUUAGUUCAUAGUUUGAGGAGUAAAGAAAUUAAACUUUUUAUGAUUGGUCGGUGUUUUCAAGCAUUCCGGCUGAGUCAGAUAAUUUAUCAAAUAAAGUUUACAGUGAUGGUUCUAGUAGUGGGGAUUUUACUCUUGCAUAAAGGAGCAGGUGAUCCAGAAGCUCUCAAAAGUUAUCAGCUGUUUACUUUGAUGAGUUUAAUCACAUCGCUUUUUAUUUCUGUGAUAUUAUCUAUGCCACAAGCAAUCGAACAAAUAAAUAUAGCGCAUAUUGUUGAUAAGCGUAUAUCUCGAUUCCUUUUGUUGCCUGAAGUAGGAAAUGAUCAUUACCCUGAAGUAAAUAAUUCAAAUGAACAAGUUGUAGAGCUGACGAAUGUCUGUUCACAAUGGCAAAAUAAUUUAAAACAAAUUACAUUGAACAGUAUUAAUUUUAAGGCUUGUGGUCGUGAGUUGAUUGGUAUCAUUGGUUCUGUAGGUAGUGGAAAGAUUCUUAUGGGAUCCAAUUCUUAGACAAAAACUGAUCAUUUUGUCACUCGAGAUCAUCGGAGAAAGAUACAGACACCUGUGGCUAUCAAUAUUUAGUCUGGUUGUGGAAUAAUUUGGUGACUAUCUUGACUCAAUCUUGGACAGAACUCUGUGGUAUUUCAAGACAUGGAUGUUGGUUAUGUGUCAAUUUGAGCAUCAACAUGUAUGAAAGUGCAUCAAAGUUGACAACAAAUAAACGAGGAGAAACAAAUAUGCUUGAUGACACUGCUAGCCAUAGACCGAAACAUUAUAACCAUGCAACUUCAGACAACAUUAAGGUAUUUAUUCAGAGAACACAAAACUCCUAAGCUCUUAUUCUCCAUAUAUAUAUAAUUGCUAGAUCUGUUCAUAAAAUAUCAAACUGAGAAGUUCGAUCUUAUUCAAUGGUAGAUAAUUGGAUCUAUUUUUUGUACCUGUUAAAUGAAGUCAAAUAAAAAAACAAUUACCUACAGCAGGAAUUCUGAUAAAU